GCAAGGACACCGCACGCUUUCCAGCAAGCACAGACUGCAGGAUGACAGACGGUGACACAAAUCUCCCAACUAUCGAGAGAAAGCUGGGACUGCAGAUAUGGGGCAUAGAGAAUAUGAAGAUGGUUCCUGUACCUGAAAAGGCUUAUGGGACUUUUUUUGAAGGGGACUGUUACAUAAUUCUGCACACCAAAAGAACAUCCCGUGGCUCCGCUGUUGAUUUGCAUUACUGGAUUGGCAAGGAUUCAUCUCAGGAUGAGCAAGGUGCCGCGGCCCUGUACAUCACCCAGCUGGACAAUGCACUCAGGGGGAACCCCGUGCAGCACCGAGAAGUGCAGGGACAUGAGUCUGAGACCUUCCAAAGCUAUUUCCGCAAUGGCAUUAUCUACAAGAAGGGAGGAGUAGCCUCAGGAUUUAAGCACGUGGAGACCAAUAUGUACAACAUCAAGCGUCUUCUUCAUGUCAAGGGGAAGAAGCAUGUGACAGCCACAGAGGUAGCGCUUUCCUGGGACAGUUUCAAUAAGGGUGAUGUUUUCUUGCUGGACCUCGGGAAAGUGCUGAUUCAGUGGAACGGACCCAGCUGCAGCAUUGCUGAGAAAUCCAGGGGUCUCGCACUGGCUCGCAGCAUCAGGGACAGUGAAAGAGGUGGUCGCGCUCAAAUCGGCAUUAUUGACAACGAGAAAGACUCCCCGGACCUCAUGCAGAUCAUGAAGAUGGUGCUGGGUGAGAGGCGUGGGGAGCUCCGAGACGCCAUCCCGGAUGCGAAAGCAGACGAGCUGCAGAAAGCAAAUGUCCGGCUCUACCAUGUCUAUGAGAAGGACAACGACCUGGUGGUACAGGAGAUAGCUACCCGGCCCCUAACGCAGGAUCUCCUCCAGCAUGAGGACUGCUACAUUUUAGACCAAGGUGGUUUUAAGAUUUACGUCUGGAGAGGAAAAGCCUCCAGCCUGGAAGAGAAAAAAGCAGCCUUCACUAGAGCUGUGGGUUUUAUCCAAGCUAAAGGCUAUCCUUCAUCCACCAACAUUGAAGUGAUAAAUGAUGGAGCAGAGUCAGCCAUGUUUAAACAGCUCUUCCAGAGGUGGACAGAAAAGGAUGAAACGCAAGGGCUGGGCAAAGUCUACACUACUGGAAAAAUUGCCAAGGUGGAGCAGGUGAAGUUUGACACCAUGCAGCUCCAUGCCAGACCAGAGCUAGCUGCUGAGCAGAGAAUGGUAGAUGAUGCCUCCGGGGAGAUAGAGGUGUGGAGAAUCGAGGACUUGCAAAUGCAGCCAGUGAAUCCCAAGACAUAUGGGCAGUUCUACGGGGGUGAUUGCUACCUGGUCCUGUACACCUACCUGAGAUCGGGCAGGCCUCACUAUGUCCUCUACAUGUGGCAGGGUCGCCAUGCCUCUGUGGAUGAAAUCACCGCCUGUGCCCUGAAUGCCAUCGAGCUGGACAAGAAGCACGGGGAUGAGGCUGUGCAGGUGCGCGUGACAAUGGGCAAGGAGCCCACACACUUCCUGGCGAUCUUCAAGGGCAAGCUGAUCAUUUACGAGGGCGGCACGAGCCGGGGUCAGAAAAGCACGCCCGAGCCAGCAAUCCGCCUCUUCCAGGUGAGGGGCACGGACGAGAUGAACACAAAGGCCACGGAGGUGCCGGCCCGGGCCUCCUCACUCAACUCCAACGAUGUCUUUCUGCUGGCAACCAGCCAAGUCUGCUACCUAUGGUGUGGGAAGGGAUGCAGCGGAGACGAGAGGGAGAUGGCAAAAAUGGUAGCGGACAUCGUUUCCAAACGGGACAAGCACACCAUUUUGGAAGGGCAAGAGCCAGCAGAGUUCUGGGAAGCCUUGGGAGGCAAAGCACCUUACGCCAGUGAAAAGAGGUUUCAAGAGCAGGUCACACACUACCAGCCUCGCCUCUUUGAGUGUUCCAACCAGACGGGUCGAUUCAUCAUGACAGAGGUGGUGGGAUUCUGCCAGGAAGACUUGGAUGAAGAUGACGUCAUGCUGCUAGACACGUGGGAAGAGAUUUUCCUUUGGGUUGGUAAAACCUCCAACACAUACGAGAGGAACGAGGCAAUUGCUUCAGCUAAGGAGUAUCUCAAGACCCAUCCGGCUGGGAGAGACCUGGCAACUCCGAUAAUACUGGUGAAGCAGGGCUAUGAACCCCUCAACUUCACAGGAUGGUUCAAUGCUUGGGACCCCUACAAAUGGAGUGAUGGCAAGUCCUACGAGGAGAUGAAAAACAGCUUAGGAGAUGUGUCGGCUAUAUCCGAGAUCAAAGUGGACCUUAACAACAUCAGCCUGAACAAGAGAACCCUCAGCAUGACCAACUUGGCUGGUUCAAGUACAGCAAGUGCUUCCCCUGCGUAUAAAUCACACUUCAACCACAGUGACAGCAACAGCUACAGCAACAGCAGCAACUACAACAGCAGCCCUUCCCUGGUGCCCAAUGGCGAAGGAAUUUACUCCCGAGAGGUGCUGAUGAACAAGACAGUGGAUGAACUUCCAGAAGGCGUGGAUCCCACUAAAAAAGAGUACUACCUCUCUGAUGCCGAUUUCCACGAUAUCUUUGGGAAGUCCAAGGAUGAGUUCUACCAGAUGCCCAAAUGGAAGCAGCAGAAUGAGAAGAAGCAAUGUGGACUCUUCUGAGACCGCAGGGGCCAUCUGGCAUCCAGUGACUCUGGGACCAACCCUUGCUCUCUUAGGAGCUGCAGGGAAGAAGUAUAGACAUUUGCUCAAUGAACCCAACCCAACAUCUCAAUCAGGCCAAGUUCCAAUGCAGUUAUUCCAGCAGCCACUGUUCGGGAGAUGGCAAAACCUUUUGCAGGAAUGAUUUUGCAGGAUGUUUUUGCCUCUUUUUGACAUUUUAUUUCUGAUAGCCAUGAAGACAAGUGUAUGUCAUGCAAC